AUGGCUUGGGCCGAAGAGCGGAGCUAUCGGGGGAAGACCAUCCGCCGGGUCUUCAUCUCAGGGACCAGAGGGAGCGGCGAGGAGAGGAGGCACCUGGACCAGCUCCUGCAGGAGGAGGGGAGGACCUACGGGGACCUCCUGCAGUGGGACUUCACCGACUCCUUCUACAACCUGACACUGAAGCAGCUGCUGUUCCUGGACUGGUUCCAGACCCGGUGUCGCCGCUGCCGCUUCCUGAUGAGCGGAGACGAUGACAUCUUCGCCAACACCGACAACAUGGUGGAGUUUCUGCUCAGUCGCCACGACAACGACGGAGACCAGCCCCUGUUCGUGGGUGGGUCCGAUAGUUCUGGAUGA